AUGGCUGACUUACACAAGCACACGCACGUGGCAGUAGACGCACUGCAAAAUGAAUCGUACAUAAUACCAGCCGAUCCUGAUAAAUUAGACGAGAUUAAAGAGGUCAUAACUCAAAUAUUUCCUGUUGUAUAUAAUCAUGAUUUCUACGGCAAGUUAUUCUCUAGGAACACGUUCCUCCAAAUCCUGUGCACCUCCGGGACAGAUGCAAUUAUUGGUCUUGUGGCACUUAGGCUGUCAACGGCACAGACUGUAGAUUUAACUGGGUCACCGCACAGUGCAGUGCCAGCGUGUGAGUGCUUCGGCAUUAAUAAGUUUGAAAAUGACAAGUUCAUGUACAUUAUUCUACUGGGAGUCCUUGAGAAGUAUCAAGGACUGGGUCAUGGGAAGAGUCUCAUUAAAGAAAUCAUUUCUAUUUCUGUGGCGUACGGUAUUUCUCAUAUUUUUCUUCAUGUACAGACGUCUAACCUCCGUGCGAUUGAAUUUUAUUACAAGUCCGGGUUUAAGCUGGUGAAGCUUAUCACUAAUUAUUACACAAAUGUAUAUCCUAAAGAUGCCUUUUUAUUACGGAAGUGUCUGUUAAAAUAGAUAAUAAACCACU